UAAUUCUUCUAUUAUCUUUAUGGACAGUAUGAAAAUAUUUAGGGGCAUUCCGAUGUUUCACGGCGAGUGUUCAAGAAUGCCCGCAAUUGAGUUUGCAAUUCAAAUACUUGUAGUUUUGCUACUGGGUGCUGGUGCGGUAAUAGGUGAGACGACUGAAAAAAAUGAAACCUUGAUAGCCAGUUUAAAUGUCACAGAAACAACAAGCUUUUGCGGAGGUUUUGUUACCCAUUCAUUUGGAAAUAUCACGUCUCCAAACUAUCCCUCAAACUACGAUGACAUGCUAAACUGUAAAUGGCAUUUCCAAGUACCCUCAUCUAACCGCAUCCUUUUCCAAUUCUACAAACUAUUUAGGACUGAACAAGGCUACGAUCGCGUUUCUAUUUAUGAUGGAAUCUCUAAUUCAGCCCGGUUGAUUGUCGAACUAACUGGAAAUGAUAGCCUAAGUCAAAUUUUUACAACUACUUCGAAUACGGCAACCGUUCGUUUCACCACGGAUAGCAGCUUAAAUUUCGCUGGUUUUGCUCUUUACUACUCCGUGGAUCCCAUUCCAGCAUGUGGAGGAGUCCUUUACACUGACGGAACAAUCGAAACACCUGACUUUCCAGCUCAUUAUCCAUCAUCGGCAAAGUGCCGCUGGAUCAUCACAGCUGACGUAAACAAGAAAAUUGUUAUUAAUUUUGAAUCUUUUCAAACUGAACCUGGAAGAGAUUUCUUAACAAUCAUGGACCCCAUAACGGAUUUACCUUUACUUAUUCACUCUGGAUAUAGCAUACCAGAUACAUUGUUAUCGCCUUCAAACCAACUUGUUUUAAUAUUUCAAUCAGAUCAUGUUAUAAAUCAAUCUGGGUUUGAACUGAAUUACAAGAUAAUAUAGAAAACUAUGACAUGAGU